CCGACCCCCGCCUGGCCGAGGUCAAGAGGGCGGUGGUGAAUCUGCACUCGGGACGCCACCAGGAGGCCACCUUCUGGACUAAAGAUGGCAUCUGCAUCGAUGAGGACGUGUUCAAAGGGCUCAUCUUCUCCAACCUCGACGUCAUCAGCAGGGCGCUGACAGGCAGCUCCACCAUCCCCUGCUUCGAGGAAUUCUGCGACGCCGUCCAGGACAUCUACAACAUCUGCGCUCUCGAAACGGGUGGACAGGUGGCGUCCUACAUCCCUCAGCUGGCCCGGUUCUCGCCGUCCCUCUGGGGCGUCUCCAUCUGCACGGUGGACGGGCAGCGGUUCUCCACGGGGGACGUGCACGUGCCGUUCACCCUCCAGUCCGCUUUCAAACCCAUUAGCUACGCCCUGGCGUGUGGCGAGAUGGGCUCAGACUACGUGCACAGGUUCGUGGGACAAGAGCCAAGUGGUCGCAGCUUCAACGAGAUUGUCCUUGACAACUGUCUGAAGCCGCAUAAUCCCAUGAUCAACUCCGGAGCCAUCAUGACGUCAUCUCUGAUCAAGCCCCAAUGGCCCCUGCCGGACCGCUUCGACUUCGCCUUCACCAAGUUCCGGAAUUUGGCGGGCGGGGAGCACGUGGGGUUCAACAACGCCGUGUUCCUGUCGGAGAGACAGGCGGCCGACCGCAACUUCGCCCUGGCCUACUUCAUGCGCGAGAACGACUGCUUCCCCACCGCCUGCAGCAUGGAAGAUACUCUGGACUUCUACUUCCAGCUGUGCUCGCUGGAGGCCACCUGUGAGUCGGCGGCGGUGAUGGCCGCCACGCUGGCCAACGGCGGUAUCUGCCCGCUUACCGAGGAGCCGGUGCUGGACCCGGCGGCGGUUCGCAACACACUCUGCCUCAUGUUCAGCUGCGGCAUGUACGACUACAGCGGUCAGUUCGCAUUCAAGUGUGGAGUACCGGCCAAGUCGGGCAUCUCUGGAGUGGUGCUGGUGGUGGUGCCCAAUGUGAUGGGCAUCGCACUCUAUUCGCCUCCUCUGGACGCCUCGGGCAACUCGGUUCGUGGCGUGCGCUUCUGCAAGGAGCUGGUGGAGCAUUUCAACUUUCACCAGUUCGACAACGACGCCAGCGAUGGGGAGAAGUUGGACCCUCGCACGACGCUGGCCGAGAAGAGGGCAGACUUGGUGCAGAGGCUGAUGUUCGCUGCCUCGGCUGGAGACACCACUGCCCUCAGACGCUUCAGACUGCUGGAGAUAGACCUGAGCGUAACUGACUACGACGAGCGAACUGCGCUGCAUCUGGCCGCGGCCGAAGGCAGGCUCAAGGCGGUCAAGUUCCUGCUCGACACCUGCCAACAGAAGGUGGACCCCAAGGACCGCUGGGGACGAACGCCUCUGGACGACGCCAUCUACAGCGGAAAAACAGAGGUCGUCCGCGUGCUUCUGAAGCGAUACAAAAAGCUGGACCUGCCGCACCCGAUGCUUACCGCGGCAGCCGGCACUGCGACCGCCGUGGAGUCCCCCCUGAAUGUGCUGGUCGCGCUGCAGGAAGCAUAUCUCCAGCCGCAGCAGACCGGCGGUCCAGGCGGCCGCGAGGGAGAACGCGCCGGUGUCGGCACGGAGAACCGCGCCGGUGACGUCACCAGCUCCGGCAUCCACCAAUCACAGGCCGAUCCUGAGCACCGGGCUGCCUCUGCCAUCCUACCAGCGGCAGCGCGCCCCCACCAGCCGACAAUCGCAACGGAAAUGGGGGUGGAGCGUGCGGCAAAGCACCCCACCGGAGACGUGCCCGACUUGACCCCCCAGCAGGCUCCGUCUGAGCGCCCUGAUGACCCGGUGCCGGCGUCCGGGGACACCGGCCGGCUUGUGACCGAGACCGCGGUGGCUACAGACGGCGGCCAUUCCCCGAGGGCAGAGCGCUGAGGAGGGCUCAAAUAGAGACCAUCCGCAAGCGUUGGCGUCACCUCCUGAAGCAGCAGCUUGAGCAACAGAUGAGCGGCGUCACCAGCUGAAGCAACAGCUUGAGCAACAGCUGAACGGCGUCACCAGCUGAACAUCGUCAAACAGCUGAGCAGCCUCAGCGUAACGGCGAGGGCACCGGAUCCGCAGCGCUUUUUUCGUGAACGGAAUGUAGCUGGGAACGUGACAGAGAACGUUUUGGAACUUGUGGGAAAACGUUAAGAGUUGUAUUAUCCUGUGGAAGAUACUGGAAAUUUUCUGUCCCGAGUUCUGAACUGUUGUGUGCUUGGUCGAAACAAUUAGGCAGUUUUUCUUUGAACCUCCCACAGAAGUGAAAGGUGAAUGGCACUGGAAGGGGUCUCAGCCCCUUUGCUGAAGGCAACACUCGGCCUGACCUAAGGGAGCUCACCUUUCCGGACCUAAGAGAGCUCACCUUUCCGGACCUAAGAGGGCUGCGCCCUUCUUGCCUGUAGAUCUGACUGCGUCCGACAAAAGGGAUCGCCAUGGCUGGACCGCGAGGGUAAGCCCGCGCCUUAGUCGCGGCGUUCUUGAAGAAGAACUUGCUGCUGCUGAUCUGUGGACUCGUCAGACCUCUGUGGAAGACAGGUCGGCUGCAGGCACGGCUUCGUAAUGUGCACUCGCAAUAUAAUGACGAGCUUGUCAUGUCCCCUGCUGCUGGGUAGUCUUAAUGUCACAUUUCGACGCUUUACGCGGAACACCACCAACUUUCAACAUGUGAAAGUGCCGACUAAAACAAGAUGUCGAGCAAUGACGGCCCAAUGAGUCCGUGAUUACGAAUAUGCAUGA